AAACCAAACGUUUCCCUCUAAAUCGUCCCUCUGCUGCUUCCCUUGACGACAUAGAAAUAUGUUGUGGUGGUGUUUCCUUAUCUUUUUACUCUCCUUGUUUCAAGCUUUUUGCUUUUCUUCUCCUUCUCCUUCUCCUUUUCCAUCUCCGUCUCCCCAAUUAUGCCACCAUGAUGACAGAUCUACUUUGCUGCAACUGAAACAAAAACACUACCAUGUCCUUUCGAAUCAUCCUCUCAAUUCUUGGAAACCGAAUACUGAUUGCUGCUACUGGGAAGGCAUCACUUGCAAUGGAACCACAGGUCAUGUAAUUAGCCUUGACCUUUCUGAUUUGUCACUCUUCGGUUCUCUCCGUUCCAAUAGCAGCCUCUUCCAUCUUCAUCACCUUCAAAUGCUCAACCUCUCCUAUAACUAUUUUUCUGGACAAAUCCCAUCACAAAUUUCACAAUUCACUAAUUUGGUUUCUCUUAAUCUUUCUUUUAACUAUUUUGAGGGCCAAAUCCCACCAGAAAUCUCACAGCUUACCAAGUUGGCUUUUCUUGACCUCUCUUACAAUGGGUAUUCCCAACUUGAAAUCAUGGAUUUGGGAACAUUUGUUCAGAAUCUAUCUAGCUUGAUUGAAUUGCAUCUUGAUGAGGUGAACUUAUCAGCUCCAAAGAAUAGGGGUUGGUGUCAUGACUUAUCUUCCUCACUCCCCAACCUUCAAGUGCUGACAAUGUAUUAUUGUUCACUUAUGGGUCCCUUGGAUUUAUCCAUUUCAAACCUUCGUUUCCUCUCGGUGCUCUUCCUCGACGACAAUGACAAUAUCUCUUCCACAGUACCAAGUUCUUUGAUGAACUUGACUUCUUUGACUGUCCUUCGUCUCGCCAGUUGUGGACUCCAUGGAGAUUUUCCAAUCAAUGUUUUUCUUCUACCUAACCUGAAGUACAUAGACUUAUAUGAAAAUUUUCUCCUCUCUGGUCAUUUGCCUGAAUUCCCUCAAGAAAACAAUGCUCUUCAACAUCUGGAAGUUGGCUUGACGAAAUUCCAAGGGAAGUUGCCUGGUUCAGUUCGGAAUCUCAAGGUUUUGAAUUCCUUAGGUCUCUUAGGAUUGAACUUGUCUGGACCAAUCCCACCUUUUCUUCCAAACCUUACCCACCUCAAUAUGUUGGAUCUUUCAUCUAACAGUUUGAGUGGUCCAAUUCCUACCUUUUUCAGGGGGAGUUUUCCCAACCUUGAGACCCUAUACUUGGACGACAAUUUGCUCCAAGGCCCCAUCCAUUCCUAUUUGUUUUUUCUCUCACGUAAGGUGGGUUUGUCCUAUAACCAAUUCAAUGGGGUCAUAAAUGAGCCUAUACAAAACAUUUCUGUUUUCUCCCCUAGGCCAAGGCUUUUUACAGUGGCAGGCAACAACCUGAGAGGACAAGACCUGAUGAGAUCAAUUUCUAAUUUCACAGGUUUAUUUUGGUUUCUUGACCUUUCAUUUAAUGACUUCAGUUACAUGGUGGAAGAUACAAAUCUUUCGAAUGAUAGUUUGUCCACCAAAUCAAGUGGGGAAAUCUUUGUCAAUGCUCAAAUUCAGUCAUUCCGGUUUGGGUCUUGCAAUGUUAGUAAGUUUCCAGAUUUUCUCAGGAAUCAAAUGGAACUAUAUGAGCUAGACUUGUCUUACAAUAGAAUUAACAAAUUACCAGUUUUCCUUGGGGACCUCAAAGAAUUGAGUUAUCUAGAUAUCUCUAGUAAUAAAUUUGAUGGUGUGAUACCCAAUUGGAUAUGGCAAAAGAAUUUUAUGGGACUUAACCUGUCUAACAACUUCUUCACAGGUCUUGAAUUGCCAUUACCUAAUCAGUCUGACAUUGGAAGUCUUGAAUAUCUUGAUCUUCACUCAAACAAAAUACAAGAGUGUCUCUCAAUAGUCCCAUACUUUCCACAACCAUUCAAUGAGUCUAACCGUGAGUUUGUAUCUCAUAUCUUGGGGAAUCUCACCUUCCUUCUCUCCCAACUCAGUUACUUGUCAAUUUCAAACAAUAAAUUAACAGGAAGGAUCCCAUUCUCAUUUUGCAAUGGAAGUCAUCUGAAUAUUUUGGAUUUGUCCAAUAACCAAUUGAGUGGCACCAUCCCGACAUGUUUCGGAAGUACCAAUUUGGGGGUAUUAAAUUUAGAGGGCAACAAAUUACAUGGACCCAUUCCUCCUUUCAAACAUGGGUGCAAUCUACAUACACUCAAGCUCAAUAAAAAUAUGCUUCAAGGGAAAAUUCCAAGAUCACUGGGCAACUGCAGGGAUAUUAAGGUGUUAGAUAUUGGGAACAACCAGUUGAAUGAUACAUUUCCCUACUGGCUGGAAAAUCUCUCUAAGUUGGAGGUUCUUGUCAUCAGGUCAAAUAAAUUUGGUGGUCCCAUUGCUCAACUCCCUCAAGCUAAUUCUUCCUUCCCAAGCCUACAUGUCAUUGAUCUCUCUUUCAAUAAUUUUACUGGAAAUUUACCAGUGGAAUACAUUUGUCACUGGAAGGCGAUGAUGGUUGAUGAGAAUUAUUCUGCAUUGGGCAACAGGUACCUCAGACCUCCUAAUUCCUAUGAAGUCUAUUAUCAAGACACACUUGCAACCAUGGACAAAGGUCUAUACUUGAAAAUGCCAAGGGUUUUAACCACCUUCGUCAGUGUAGACCUAUCUAACAACAGCUUCGAAGGAAAAAUUCCUGAUGCUUUGGGAAAUUUAAAAGCACUGAAAGUGCUUAACUUGUCAGGAAAUAGCCUCUCAGGUCAAAUUCCAUUUUCAUUGGGGAAUCUUAGUGAACUUGAGUCGCUAGAUCUUUCAAGAAACAAACUUUCCGGAGAAAUCCCAAGACAAUUGGCAAGUUUGACCUCCCUUGAAGUCUUGGAUCUAUCAUAUAACAACCUAACCGGAAGUAUACCACAUGGGAAUCAGUUCAACACAUUUUCAAAUGAUUCCUAUAAGGGAAAUGUAGGCCUGUGUGGGUUUCCUUUGUCAAUUGAGUGCAGAGUAAGAGAAAGAGCCCUACCUCCAACAUCAACUUUCCAACAAGAAGAAGAUGAUGCAACAAGUUCAUUUGAUUGGAUAUUUGCCUUGGCAGGAUAUUGCUCUGGUUUAAUAGUUGGAUUGGUCAUUGGACAACAAUUGUUUUGGAGAAAAAACAGAUGCUCUAAAUUCAUUUCAAGACUUGUGGUAUCCAAACAGAGAAAAUGGUCAAGGAAGAUCAAACAACACAAGAGAAGGAGAUAAAUCAAUGUCCAACCCUACCCCCAAAUAAAUGAGGCUUUUGUUAUAUGUAUGCCUUUUCCUUCUUUUCUUUCUUUUUU